AUUGCGACUCCUGCAGGAUUCCAGCGCCAUGAUUCGCCCCUCCGUGCCGGCUCGAUCCGGCAAGAAAACCAACUCCCUAGCGUUCGCCCGCACGGACUGCCACACCUGCCUCUCCACCGGGCAAGGGUGCGAUCGCCGACGACCCCAGUGCACCACGUGUCUGGAGCGAGGCGUCAAAUGCGGGGGUUUUGUAACGCCACUCUCGUGGGAUACUAGUCGCACAUGGCUGGGCGAGUCGGCUGGCAGAGACGCCUUGGCAGGGCGAGCAGAUGCAGUCGGCGAUAAGGACGUCGCUAGUUCGGAUCAUGACGGGCGGAGACCGUCGGGGUCGCGGAGGUUUCGCUUUGUGCAGAGUGGCAGGGGCGGGAGGAAACGACGCAGGAUUCAGCAGUCGACGAGGGAGAUCAGUCCGUCGAGUGCGCCGGUGGGUUCUAUGCAGGAAACGUCGACACUGGAGAACCGAGAACCCGUUCCUGUCAAUGAUGUGGAGCAGAUAUCUCCUGGGAAUACGACGCAGUUUGAUAACUACGGUCCGUAUCUCUUCGAUAAUAUCGACUUUUCGAUUGACCAGGAUGUUCUCUCAUCGCUGGCGGCGCCUAAUAUGACCGGAAUUCCUACCCUGGCGCAAACCACCUUGUACCCGGAUAGUGGUUUAUUAGCUCCGCCAUUAGAGAGCACGCUUUCGGGUGAUCAGCAAGGAAUGAACCCUGAUCCAUCAUCGAUCGAUGGGUGGGUAGUGUCGGCCCCUGGCGUGGAACCGGGCAGGGUUCCGGCUCCCUCUGCAGGGAUAGGGAACCAACACGAGACCUUGUUCAGGAUGUAUGAUAGCGAGUUCUGCGUCCUCCCAAUCACCUCCGACUCUGCACUCAAUCCGUUUCGCUGUCAGCAGUCAGUGUCUGAAGGAUCGAGGCUAUUGUUUCACUCCAUGCUGGCCUUAUGCUGUCGACAUCUGAACCUUAUUACGGGGUCCUGGUCCUCCGAAGCACAGGAGCACCGCGGCGAAGCAUCUAAGCUUUUAACCCAAGCCUGUCAAAACCAGCAGUUGGUGAAAAAGGGACUUGCAUUGUUAGAUCCGAUCCUUAUUCUUUUCACGCUAGAUUGUACAUUAUCCGCGUCCGGCCGAUGGUCCUCUCAUAUAACCCGAGUUCGCUCGAUUCUGGAGGAAAGCGGCGGUCCAUCGGCACUCACGACCCAACGCGCUCGGGCUCAGGUGGCGAUGAUGAUGUGGUGGGACGCAACGCUCGCGCUCGUCUCUCGACAAGGUACCAUCCUGUCCCGCGCGUACCUCGACUACCUUCAGCGGUACGAAAAAGAAGACCAAUGGUCAUUCUACCAACUGUCAGGAUGUCCGACCGACCUUGUCGCGCACAUAUUCUCGCUCGCUGAACUGGCGCAUCAGCGCGAACUCGCCUCGACCAUGGCAUGGCUGACAUUCGACCUGACCCCGAUCGUACAAAUCGAAGCCCAAAUCCGACACUGGAAACACCCUUUAUACUCCAGCCAUCUGGUCGAACUAGACUCCGACUCCGAGGACUUCGAGGACGCAGACGAAUCGAGUUUCCACGCGCAACAGGAUCGGUACCAUUGCGCGGAGGCCUGGCGACAUGCGCUUCUGCUGUAUAUUGAGCGGGUGUUUAAGUGGGAGCGCGGCACUCCUCGUCCCAGAUCGCUGAGUCGAUUGGUUCGGAUAACGCUGGAUCAUGUGCGAUGUUGUCGGAGGACGUCGUUGACGCAGAAACAGGUUCUUCUGCCGGUGUUCUUGGCGGCUAGCGAGACCUCGAGUGAGGAAAUGCGGGAUAUUGCGAGGAAUUACUGCCGCUGGUGGGGAGAUCGAAGCCGAUACCAUAUGUUUCAUUCUGUGCCUGGGCUGUUGGAAGAGAUUUGGUCGGGCGAUUACUGGUGGGGGAGCGUUGUGGAUUCGAAAACGCGAGGAACAGUGGGCCAUAUUCCGGUUGAGUUUCUUCUGGGAUAGGAGAAUUAUAAAUAUUGUAGAUAUAUGGGCUUGAAUACAUGAUGCUUUCCUGAG